AUGGCGUUUUCGCAUCUCUCUAAACCGUGUCUAGAAUGGCACACAACCUUCGCCGGAUCCUCGCCAGUUUGGCCCUCGGAACCAGCAGUCUCCACUAUUCUCUCGAUUGCCUCGGAAGUAUUGUCCAAGCGUCUGCAAGUGGAGGAUGUGACCUUCUUUGCCCAAGGGUCAUUCAACAAGAAUUAUGAGAUUGUGGUCCCAAAUCAAAAGCAGAAAUUCCUUUUUCGCGUCACCCUUCCAGUCGACCCCUUCUUCAAAACAGAGAGUGAAGUUGCUACCCUGGCUUUCCUACGCCAAAAGACUAGCAUUCCGGUGCCUGAAGUCGUGGCAUGGAGCUCGACAUCAGAGAAUGCCCUCGGUUAUGAAUGGAUUCUCUUGAAGAAGGUGGAAGGUGUCCCACUCGAGCAAAGGUGGCGUGCAAUAUCUAUGGAAACGAAAGUCCAAAUCUCCAAACAAUUAGCAGCAUACGCCGCUGAGCUACGAGCUGUACCCUUUGACAACGUCGGGAGUCUUUUUUUCGAGGGCACGAACGCCCGUUCUUCAAGAAGCGGCACUACUGAAGACACUGGCCAGAUCAAGCUCAUGUCCGAUUAUCUCGGAAAAGGGGUAGAAGUCGGGCCGAUGGUUUUGCCAUUCUUCUUCUUCAAACGACGACUCUAUAUCCAUUCCCACCGUGGGCCAUUCGCCAGUUCUCACCAGUAUCUAACCGCAAAGGUGCAAAUGCAGACCGCUUGGAUCAAGAGUGGGGUUGAGAUCGCACAAUCUGAUGCUAGCGACAUUGACUCGGACUGUGACGAGGAUCUCCUGGAGGAGGCACCCGAGAUGCUAGAAGUAUGCGAGUCAGCCCAGGAUUUGAUUACACGUUUCUUUCCCCCGACGGACCGCGACACAGGCCAUACACUCUAUCAUCACGAUCUCAAUCAAAACAAUGUCAUCCUGGAUCCAAUCAGCCAUGACAUUGUUGCUGUCAUUGAUUGGGAAAUGACCUGCGUGCUCCCUCAGUGGGCAGCCUUCUACUACCCCAAGAUGUUUCUCGAUGUGGACCCAGUGACUGAGGAGGAGCCGCCCGUACCGGUGGACUAUAAUGAUGAAAACGACUAUACUAUCAUCCGUCGGGACAGAUGGGACGCACGCAUCCUUAGGAGGGCUUUUGAUACCUGCAUUGAGACCUUGUGCAAAGACAACGACAGCACAUUGAGCCCUGGCUUUGAAGAGAAGAGAACACUUGAAGAUGCCAUAGAAGAUCUGACAGAUAACUGGAGAGGCGCACGAGCAAAGCUGAAAGACCUACAAGGUCAAACUGUGAUAGGAGGUACUUGA